UUUUGGAGAACAGAACGGUGUCCUGAUGAGUAACACUGUGCCAUGCACUGGUGUCUCUCAGUAACUCCUUAGGACCCAGCCUAAUUAUCACUGACUUGGAGUUAAUGAACUCACUGAUGGGACAUAGUAGGAAGAUAAUAUAUUAGAGUGAAUUGCAGGUUUUGAAAAUCCUCUGCAGAAUACACCAUUUAUCACUCAGGGUGUGUUUUUGGUGUUUGUGUGGAGAAUGGGGACAAAUUGGUUGCUGCUGUGCACCCUAAUGGGAGUCCUGUUCUUGGGCAUCUUCCCAACACUUAAUGCUCAGGCUGCCCAAGAUUCAGCUGACCUUGUACUCUUAAUUGAUGGAUCAGAGAACGUUGGAGCUGCCAACUUCCCUAUCAUCUGUGAUUUGGCUCUCAGAGUGAUCGAAGGGCUUGAUGUGGGCAGGGACAUGAUCCGGGUAGCCCUGGUGCUGUAUGGUGCUGACCCAGUGGUACAGUUCGAUCUCAAUAACAAUUACAACAAAGGGGACAUGCAGAAUAUUGUGCAAAGUCUUAAAUUCCCCGGUGGAUAUGAUUCUAAUCUGGGGGCAGCCUUGGAGUUGGUGAAUGAGAGUCUGUUGGGCCCAGAGGCAGGGGGAAGGGCAGAGGAGGAAGUGCCCCAGGCCUUGGUAAUUAUCAGUGCUGGGCAGUCGACUGAUGAUAUCAGUGAGGGUGAGAGGGCACUAAAGCAGGCCAACGUGGUUAUCUUUGGUGUUGCGAUCGGUGAUUCAGCUAGCACCCAACUGCAGACUAUCGCAACUGACAGAAGCUUUGUUCUUUCUGCCACUGAUGUCAGAACAGUGGCAACUUUGAGUGAUCAACUGCUUCCAUAUAUUAUGGGGGUGGCCCAACGCACCAUUGUGGUAUACACUGAGAUCACAGAAUUGCCUGUUUCGGAACGAGAUAUAAUAUUUCUCAUUGACAGCACCAUGGGUCCCACAUUAGUCAAUUCAAUUCGUGAAUUCAUCAGAAACUUUAUUGACACAAUGCCAAUUGGACCUGAACAGGUGCAAAUUGGAGUGACGAUGUUUUCCAACACACCAAGACUUGAAAUUGACCUGAACUCAUACAGAUCAAAGGAAUCCCUAAUCUCUGCUCUUGCACGAAUUAAAUCGAAGCCAUCAGCUGCAGUGAACAUUGGUGCUGCUCUUGACUUUGUAAGAACCAACAUGCUUAUACCUGAAAAAGGAAGCCGCAUUAAAAAAGGUGUACCCCAGCUUGUGUUGCUGAUCACAAGCAAAAAGUCCAAAGAUGGUGUACAAAAACCAGCUGAGGCCCUGCAACGAAUGGGUGUCUUGACCAUGGCUGCUGGCUCUCGGGCUGCUGAAGAAGCUGAACUUCAUCAAAUAGCUUUUGAUAAAAACCUUGUCUUCAUGUAUAACGACUUCCGUCAGUUACGGCGCAACCCCAAAAAGGUUAUAUCUAAACUAUCAACACUUUCGGGUGUUGUUUUGCCAACUGACCCAGUAACGGAAACAACAACCAUACAGGGCAGCCGAGUAAUUAGGGACAUUGUCUUCUUGGUUGAUGGAUCUAAUUAUGUUGGAAAUGCUCAUCUGCCUGCUGUCCGAGACUUCAUCACCAGCAUUGUUAACCAGCUGGAUGUUCAACCAGAAAGAGUGCGCAUUGGCCUGAUCCAGUUUGCUGAGGGACAAAGGACAGAGUUCUAUCUGAAUACUCAUGACAACAAACAAAAAGUGCUUGAUAACAUUGCUCAGUUAAGAUUAAUGGGAGGAAAUGCAGUGAAUACUGGGGCAGCCCUUCGUUAUGCUCUAGAAAACCAUUUCCAAGAAUCAUCUGGAUCUCGUGGGCGACUAGGAAUCCAGCAGGUCCUGGUACUGAUCACUGCAGGGCCAUCUCAAGAUGAGGUCAGCAGUAUUGCAGACCAAGUAGCACUGGCUGGAGUCUUGACCUUUGCUGUUGGAGUUAACCAGGCAGAUGAGAGGGAACUGAAGAAAGUUGCUUUUGUUGAGAACCUGGCAUACUAUGAAAAUAGCUAUGAUGAUUUGUCAAGGGUUACUGAAAAAAUUAAAACACCACUUAUCACUGUAGUUGGAGACCCUGUUAUUUCUCCUUCAGUUCCUGAUCAUGGUGAGAGGGAUGUUGCAUUUCUGAUAGAUGGCUCUGAUGCUGUUAGAGGAGAUUUUUCAUACAUUCGUGACUUCAUAAUCAAAGUAAUUGAGCCCCUUGAUGUUGCUCAUGAUAAAGUAAGAAUUGCUGUUGUCCAACACAGUGAGAGACCAAGUCCUAUUUUCUUGCUAAAUACUUAUAACAGAAAAGAUGAAGUCUUAAGCGCUUUACAUCAGCUGAACCCAGUUGGUGGCAGAAGUCUGAAUACUGGAGCUGCAUUAGCAUACAUGAAAAACACAAUCUUAUCAUCAGAUUCAGGGGGCAGAGCAGCCCAAAACGUCCCCCAGUUUCUGAUUGUUUUAACAGGAGGAAGGUCAAGGGACAGUGUGAAGGAACCUGCUGGAGCGUUAAAGACUGAAGGAGUGGUACCUUUUGGUAUUGGGGUGAAAAAUGCAGAUUCCAAACAGAUUGCAGCUAUUUCUCACAAUCCAUCAUUUGCCUUCACUGUGAAAGAAUUUAGCCAGCUUAACACAGUCCACCAGAAGCUUAAUAGCUAUGUUAAUCUGCCAAAGACACAACUGGAUAUCAUUCUUGAGCAAGCAGAUGGUGGAAAAAAAGAUGUUGUUUUUUUAAUUGAUGGCUCUGACAGCACUAAGGAAACUUUCUCAAGCAUGAAAAAUUUUAUCCUGCUCUUGGCAAAAAGGUUAAGCUUUGGGCAGGACAGAGAUCGCAUUUCUGUGGUCCAGUACAGUGACAAUGCAAAAGUUGAGUUCUUUUUGAAUACACAUUUCUCAAGGCAAGAGGAAGUUAUUGACCGUAUAAAACACCUGCGCCACAAAGGUGGAGAACUACGUUAUACUGGGGCAGCUUUACAAUAUGUAAAGGAUAACAUCUUUUCGACCCUCUCAGGGAGCAGACGUUUAGAGGGUGUACCACAGAUUUUGGUUCUGCUGAGUGCAGGACGGUCUAGGGAUGAUGUUAGAGGCCCAGUUAAAGCCCUAAAAGAAGCUGGAGUCUUUCCAUUAAAUAUCGGUACACCAAAUGCAGACACUCUUGAACUACAAACAAUAUCCUAUCAACCAAAUUACUUUUUUAUUGUUGACUUUGAUAACCUUUUCACAAUUAAAGAGGAUGUUUUAUCUUUAAUAAAAGAGAUAUCAAACAAACAAGUGGCAACCAGCAUCCCUUCAGUUUUUGGUAAGAGAGGAAUCUAG